UAGCAGUGUCUCCUUCUUCAUGCACGGCCCUUCUUAGGGUAGCAGUAUCUCUUCAAAGGGUGGCAGCUCAUAAACGAAGAAGGAAUAAUACAACAAUGCCUUCAUUGUUCAAUCCGUAACUGAUCAAUGGCCAUUAACACCACCAAUUAAAAAAAAAAAAAAAAGAUCUCCAGAGAGUACACACUUCCUCCCAGAAGAAACUAGCACAGCCUUUUUGCCCUGAAUCAAGUCCAGCCUGAAUCUCACCAAAUCUUGAGAUUAAACUACUAAUUUAUCAAAACUAGAACAAAGUGAAGAGCAAGUUAACCAACAUCACAAGAUACAAUUAGCAAAAUUCACAGUAUGACAACCAGCAUAAUGAGAAUACACUUAGCAUAAUUCAAAGUGUGGGGAAAUGGCCUGAUUUAUUCAAUAAAUAGACUGCAAGGGACAGCACAGAGAUGAAAGUGGGAAGCUGUCAGGAUCAAAAAAACCCGAAGAGGUGAAUCACACAAUCCCAAAGAGAGACUUUAUUUGGAUCCUGAUUCAAACAAUAAAUACAUGAAAUGACUGAAAAUUUGGAGCUAGAAGGAGAGUUGACAGUGAUAAAGAGCAAUGGUGUGAGAUGGUUGGUUGAUGAUGGUAUUGGGAUUAUAUUUUUUAAUGAGUUCUUGUCUGCAGGCAUGGCGGUUCACACCUAUAAUCUCAGUAGUGUGGGAGGUCAAGGCGGGAAGAUCCUUUGAAUCCAGGAAUUGUAGACCAGCCCAGGCAACAUAGCAAGACCAUCUCUACUAAAAUACAAUAAAAAGAUGAGCUGGGCAUGGUGUGAGUCUGUAGUUGCAGCUACUCAGGAAGUUGAGGCAGGAGAGGCCACAGUGAACCAAGAUCAUCCACUGAACUCCAGCCUGGGUGACAGAGACCUCGUGUUGAAAGAACAAACAAGAAUCGUAUCUUUUACAGACAUCCACCAAGACGGUCAGGGAGGAAAUUCUAUGAUGUGUGGGAUUUUUUAUAAAAUCAUGAGAGGAAGAGGAGAAGCAUGUAGGAGUAUACAUGUAAUGCGAUCGGACGUCAGAUAACAAAUACCUGAAUCUGCUGCUGAGUAGGUGGAAGCUCACUACACUAGCCUCUUGUUACAAAAAGCUCUAGAAUAGAAAGUUUGUCUAAAAAUCCACUUCAGGGAUUUGUAACAAGCAUUGAAUAAGAUCGUGUAUACAGAGUGUUUUCUCACCGCGGCUUGCAGGUAGUCAGCACGCAAACAUGGUUUUUAGUUUUGUAUAGUCCCCGUCCAUGAAUCACACCCAAAAAAGGUAUGUUGUUCACACCAAGAGCUCUGGCCCGUGGACCUUUGUCCACUUGGUGGUAAUUCACUGGACUCUGAGGUUUAGAAUGAGGAAAUACCAGCCUUCAAAGCCCCAGGCCUGCUAUGAAAUAGCAAAGCCAAUGGUCCCAGAUGCCUUCAUAGCACACCUAGUAAGUAGGACACUUUUCACUCACCUUGUGGGCACACUUGAGUCCAUGCACUCAUUUUUCAUUCAUUUCUUAUAUGCCGUGUAUUGGGUACUCGGGAUCCAUAAUACAGUGGACCCACAAUUGACUGGAAGCAUCGCUUUCAAAGCAUCAUUUCAGGAUGAGUAUUUCGUGUCAAGUGGAUUCAAGAAACAGUGUGAAGGAUCCAUGGCCUCAGUCACCAUGAAGAGCCUCCCAAGAGCCAACCUUCCUGGGCACAUGUAAGUGAGUGGAGACAUGGAACUCACCCUUACAAGGCCUAGAACCUGACAGAUCAUACAAGACAGAAGCCCAGAUAACUAAGAAGAGGACGCUGAAGUCCCCUUGUGGAUCACCCAUGGGGAAUUGUCUAUGCCCCAGCGCUGGCCCCAGUUGUGCCUGCUGUGAGCCUCGUGGCCAGUCUGUGGCAUCUACCACUCCAGAGCCUGCCGUGUUACAUACUGGAGUGGUGGAGGUGCAGGACGCGCGGCCCGGAAAAUCAAAGAGGCGCAAAGGUUUGGCUGGCCGUGCCAGGAACUGGGUAGCAAAGAGGAGGCGCAAGAAAAUUUGCCGCAGUGAAAAUGAAGCUCCCGUUCAAGACCCGGAGGAGGAGACGUCACCUGAGAUAGAGCUGCUGCAGGAGGAGAACCGGCAGAAGCUGGGCCUGAGCACCAACCUCAAGCAGGUGGAGGAUGAGAAGAAUUCCUUCUGGGAACAGCUGGAGAAGGAGAAGGAGGCCACGCACAACCUUGAGAAGCAGAUUGCCACCCUCCAUGCCCAGGUGGCCGACAUGACGAAGAUUGAGGACAGUGUGGGGUGCCUGGAAACCUCAGAGGAGGUGAAGAGGCAGCUCCGGAAGGACCUGAAGGGCCUGAGCCAGGGGCACAAGGACAAGCUGGAGAAUACCAAGACAUGUCUGCAGCAGGAGCUGGACGACCUGCUUGUGGACCUGGACAACCAGCGCCACAUGGUGUGCCACCUGGAGGAGAAGCAGAAGAAGUUUGACCAGCUCCUGGCAGAGCAGAAGACCAUCUCUGCCAAGUAUGCAGAGGAGCGUGACCGGGCCAAGGCCGAGGCCCGAGAGAAGGAGACCAAGGUGCUGUUGCUGGCCCGGGCCCUGGAGGAAGCCAUGGAGAAGAAGACGGAGCUGGAGCAGCUCAACAAGCAGAUCCGCAUUGAAAUAGAGCACUUCCUGAGCUCCAAGGGCAGAGCGUGAGUGCUGGGGCCUGGCAGCCAGGUUUAUGAGCUGAAGUCCAAGUGGGCUCUGGAGCAGCAGGUGGAGGAGAUGAAGAUCGCCCUGGAGGAGAUGGAGGAUGAGCUGCAGGACACUGAAAAUGCCAAUCGGCAGCUGGAGGUCAACCUGCAGGCCAUGAAGAUCCAGUUCGAGCAGGACCUGCAGGGCCGGGACGAGCAGAGUGAGGAGAAGGUGCAGCAGCUGGUCACACAGGUGUGGGACAUAAAGGCAGAGCUGGAGGAUGAGAGGAAGAGUCACUCCAUGUCAGUGGCCGCCUGGAAGAAGCUGGGGAUUGACCUGGAGGCACGCAUCGACUCGGCCAACAAGAACCAGGAUGAAGCCGUCGAGCAGAUGCGGAAGUGGCGGGCCCAGGUUAAACACUGCAUGCGUGAGCUGGACGACACCCGCGCCUCUCGCGAGGAGAUCCUGGCCCAGGCCAAAGAGAAUGAGAGGAACCUGAAGAGUGUGGAGGCCGAGAUGAUCCACUUGCACGAGGAACUGGCAGCCACGGAGCGUGCCAAGCGCCAGGCCCAGCAGGAGCGGGACGACCUGCUCGGGGACCUGGACCACCAAGCGCCAGAUAGUGUGCCACCUACAGAAGAACCAGAAAAGUUGACCAUGUGCAUGCAAUACCUCUUGGACUUCCUCCUAAUUCUAUCAUGGACUUAUGCUUUUGGCUGA